UCCCCCCCCCAUUCCUCCGCUUCGUGCUCUGGCCUCCGCCUCCCCAGUGAGGUCUGGCCACACUACCUUCGUAUCCUGCGUAAGAUCGAGUCGUUGCUGCUGCUGUUGAGGAUGAAGGUAGUGUGGCUGAUGGUGGUGGUGGUGGUGUUGGGCGGUAUUGGCUGGGGGACGGGGUCGUUGCCGCCCCCUCCCAAGCCUUACAAGAUCCUCAUGGUGCUGCCCUUUUCCGCCUACAGCCACAUGAGCAUGUUAAAGCCCUUCGCCAAAGCUCUGGCUGACAGAGGUCACGAGGUGGUGAUGCUGACUAACAUGGCGCCCUCCCUCAAACACCAAAAUAUCCGGGAAGUGUUCCACGGGCUGACCAACAUGUUCCAGAACAACACCGAUCCAUUCAGCUUAAGCAAGAAAUUCCCCCUAAAGUUAAUAGUGGACAUGGCUGUGUUUAUGACUCGUAACAUCUACAACGUUCCUGAAGUGAUGGAACUCUACCGCAGGAGGAAGGACUUUGAUCUCAUGGUUGUCGACGUUUUUUAUAACGAGAUGAUGUACCCUUUCGUACACGAGGUCCCCUUCAUCACCUUCUGCCCCACCACUCUCCACGUCAUACAGAGCGCCGUCCUGGGUAACCCUCUCAACCCGGCCCUCUACACUAACUUCAAUGACAACUACCCACGACCCAUGAGCCUCAGAGACAGGGUGGACAACUUACUCUCACAGGCAACGUUCUACAGCGGGAUGAGGUUGAAUUUAUUUGCCGCUGUACAGGAGGAGAUUACGGCCAGAUUUCCUCACCUGCCGCCGCUGGAGGAGAUAGAACGUAACCAGAGUUUGUCUCUCAUAAAUUAUCACUUCAGCCAAAACGAAGUAGUGCCCCUCCUGCCAUCCCAGUUGGACGUCGCGGGUCUGCACUGUCACCCAGCUGAGCCUCUGUCUCAGAAGCUGGAGGCGUGGGUGGAGGGGGCGGGCGAGGCGGGUGUGGUGUACUUCAGCUUGGGGUCAUUUACCAAGGGAGUGUUCAUGCCCGUCCACUACCGAGACAUGUUCCUCGCCGCCUUCGGGCAGCUGAAGCAACGCGUCAUCUGGAAGUUUGAGGAGGAACUACAGGGGAUACCUGACAAUGUCCUCUUCGACACGUGGAUACCACAGCAGGAUGUCCUCGGUGAUCCCAGAGUCAAAGUUUUCAUCACCCAAGGAGGUCGCUUAAGCACACUGGAGGCUGUCUACCACUCCACGCCCAUGGUAGCUCUUCCCAUCGUGUUUGAUCAGUUCAACAACGUUGCCAGGCUUACUGACGCUGGUCUCGCCAUCGUGCUGUACUGGAAGGAACUAUCUCCACAGCUCAUCGUGGACACCGUCAGAGAAGUUAUCAAUAACCCCAAGUACACAGAGAGGAUGAAGGAAGCCUCAUUUUCCUUCCGUGACCGACCACUGACACCCCUAGACAAAGCUGUGUUCUGGAGCGAGUACGUCAUCCGUCACCAAGGGGCCCCACAGCUCAGGUCCCCCGCUAUUCAUCUCUCCUGGGUGGAGUUCCUUAUGCUGGAUGUUCUGGUAGUGAUACUCGUCACUGUUUUCAUCAUCAUCGUCUCAAUAUGGUGUCUGCUGAAGAAGGUCUGGCGUAGACUCUUUGGCGGCGGGAAAGAAAAGGAGGAGUAACAUGGUGUAGCUUCUCUGAGACGAGGUGGUGAGUGGAAAUGACUGACUAAACUGUUCCCGGUUCGAUUCCAGCAGCCUGUCAUUGAGUGGGGCACCCCCACGGCCUGUCACUGAGUAGGGUGCCUCACGGCCUGUCACUGAAUGGGGCACCCCACGGACUGUCACUGAGUGGUACUCCCCGCAGCCUGUCAGGGUGGGGCGCCCCACGGCCAGUCACUGAAUGGAGCGCCCCGCGAUCUGUCAUAGAAUGGUACUUCCCGCAGCCUGUCAAAGCGGGGCACUCCGUAGCCUGUCAGGCGGUGCUCUCCGCAGCUUGUCAGAGUGGAGCGCUCCACAUCCUAUCUGGGUGGGGCUCUCCGUCUCUUGCCAGAGUGGGGAGCUCGGAAACCUGUCGGAGAGGGGUCGCUCCAUAGUCUCUCGGAGUGGGGCGCUCCACAGCCUAUCUGGGUUGCGCGCUGCACAGUCUGUCAGGGUGGGGCGCUCCACAGCCUGUCAGGGUGGGGCGCUCCACAGCCUGUCAGAGUGGGGCGCUUCGCAGCCUAUCACUGAGUGGGGCGCCCCACGGCCUGUCACUGAGUGGGGCGCCCCACGGCCUGUCACUGAGUGGGGCGCCCCACGGCCUGUCACUGAGUGGGGCGCCCCACGGCCUGUCACUGAGUGGGGCGCCCCACGGCCUGUCACUGAGUGGGGCGCCCCACGGCCUGUCACUGAGUGGGGCGCCCUACGGCCUGUCACUAAGUGGGGCGCCCUGCGGCCUGUCGCUGAGUGGGACACUCCAAGUUGAAUAGAUACUUAACUCAACAGUCAGGAACGGGAAAAGUUACACUGUCAUCUUGUGUACUCUGCUCAAGACACUCACUUGUAUAAUUACUUGCAUCAACGUCCUGGAAACUGUGAGAGACCUAAGAGUGAAGACUAACGGCAUCCUGGGAACUGCUCCUCAUAAUGACCGUGUGACUUGUAACAUAUUUUCUGUAACUUUCUGUAAAUUUUUCUCUCGGUAAAAUAAGUCUCUCAUGAGCAAGUCCUUGACCAACUCUUCUCAGGCGACUACAGUACUCAACUGAUCUCUUAUAAACUGAUAAACAUUCUAAUAAUAAAAAAAAAUCACAAGACCGUAACAUUCAUAAACUUUUAGUAAAUAAAAAACACAGUAUAUUACAUAACAGAAAUAUAACUACACUAUUUAACAUUACAAUAACAAUUUCACAUAAGAGCGAGAUUCAUAAACUGCUUUACGUACACUGUCGACUCGAAUAAAGAUGUCCGGCAAGGGUAUCCCACACAUGUUGGCGAUGCUGACUCCCACAACAUAGUGGGCACCAGUCUGAACCCUCCUGAUCAGAGGCGCCCCUGUGUCGUCCUGGAACACGAGAUGAUGAAGAUAAUAAUAAUAAUAGUUAUAAUAAUAAUAAUAAAUAAUAAUAACAAUAGCCUAUGGCAAGAGCCUAGGUGAAUGACGUCAUGGGCAUAGCUGAGCUGAUUGGCUGAGCCUGUGCCCCUUUUUUAAAGCGAUCUGGUUUGUAAAGUGGAAGAGGAGAGACGUGUGCUGUCUGUGCAGGAAGUAGUAAAUGUAUCGGGGGUAAAAUUUCUUGUUAGAUAUUAUGCUGAGAGGCCCUGGUCCUUUGAUUAAUUUUUGUCAAUUUUAACAAAACGUUUAAAUAAAUGUUAAAACGAU